AGUGUAUCAGAGCUGAGGAGGGAGAGAAACUGCAUCAACAAGCAAUUGUGCUUUCCAUUUCUUUAAAAGCAAAUGUCAGGUCAGCAAGGCUUUUCUAAUGGUUCCUAAUCAAGCAGAAAUCCUGCAGCCACUUUGGAUCAGCAAAAGAAGCCAAGAUGGGAUAGUGUGUGUCAGUUGGGUUUGUCCUAAUGUCCUUUGUAAGAAGGGCAAGAUUAGUUCUCCUUUGUUCCCUUGGACAUCAAGAACCUUUCACAGCGUUUAUGCAAGGAGCAGAUACAUGAGGCAUUUAAUCCUUUACUUCAUCUUAUUUCUGCCCAUUAUCAUAAUCCCAAAUUUUGCAGGAAGAUGCAAGAACCCACAUGUUAAGCAAUUACAGAGCAGCUGGCCUGAGGAGCAAAAACUUUUCCAGAAGGAUCUAGAAGUAAGCCUGCAGCCUUCUGGAAAAGGCUGCACCUUUGCUGAAAUGGUUUUAUUUGGACAUCAAGCUGCUAUACUAAAAUUCUGAACUGUUAAAAGAUAUAAAAGAGGAGGGGAAGUUGCCAUCUCAGCCAGUUGAGACUGGACUAAUACUAUGAACGUCUAAAAAUUUAAGAUUUACUCUAAAAUCUACUGUUUAUGUAACUACAGAUAUUUUAAUUAACCACAGAUUUUCCUCUCAAAAUCCUAUUAAUAAACUGGCCUGCCUAACACUGGAGUUAGAUCACAUUGCUGUAAAAACAACCCUGUGUAGAUUUUACAUUGACUCUCACCAUUACUUAAUGUCCUUUCACUUGCCCACUGAAUAAACAGAGGAGUGAGUUUUUACUUACACAUUCUGCAGAUUUCAUGUCAUCCCACCCUCAGAGAUCCCAUUUCUAAAAGAACAGCAGUGGAUUUCACAACAUUAAUAGUGCAGAGAACCCAGUAUCCAGAGAGAAGAGGAUUAGAUGCUUAACUAAUUAAUUUGCUAAAAUACUGUCUAAAUUAAAAAAUAAUGCAACCACAGAGUUACCCCCUACAACUUCUGGGGUUGUAGUAGGACUUGUAGCAGCCAGAGCUACCUUCUAGGGAGUUACCUUCCUUGAACUUCUAUAAACUCACCCAUUUUGAACAGGCUUUUCACAUUCUGGAUCUCUAAUGCUCUCAUGUUAUUUAAGUGCCAGGACUAGUCACCAAGAGGGCUCCAAUCCAGCAGGCAAUAAUUGCUGGAAAUUCUUCUCAUUUCCUAACCCUCUCCUACACCCCUUCAAGACAGAACUGAGGGAAGUCUCUCCUGCUCUCCCCAACCUUUCCUGGCUAAAACCUGUUCCAAUUUCACCCUGUAAACACCUGAUAUGAACAGAUUAACUGGGAGGGGCCAGCAAGCUCUUCAUAGUUUCAGGGGGGUGGAGGUAAACAGAAAAAUAGUAUAUAAGAUGCUUUGAGACAGACUUCCAAAGUGCAUAGACUCUGACAGGAGGUGUCUGAAAAAAAGCCACUUCCUCAGGCUCCACCUUCAGAGACUCCCUUCAUUGGAAGCAAGGAAGGUACCAGGCUGCUGCAGGAAAUUUUAUACCUAUCCCAGCUGCGUUCAGACUACUGCAGUCAGCUGGAAGGUUUCUGUUGCUGUAAGCAAAAAUGCCAGCAAGACCCACGGUUCAGCUGGCAUGGCUCUGCAUUGUCACUGUGGCUGUGACAAUCUACCCAGCGCUGCUGCAGAAACCUCCCAAGAGGAGAAUGAUCAACGGGAAUGCACAGCUGAAGAUGCCAGGCUGCUGCGAGGAGAUCAAGGAGCUCAAGCUGCAGGUAGCCAACCUGAGCAGAAUGCUGCAGGAGCUGAGCAAGAAGCAGGAAGGGGACUGGGUGAAUGUGGUGAUGCAGGUGAUGGAGCUGGAAGGGAGCACCAAGCAGAUGGAGUCGCGCCUCAUCGACGCCGAGAGCAAAUACUCCGAAAUGAACAACCAGAUAGACAUCAUGCAACUCCAGGCAGCCCAGAUGGUCACACAAACAUCAGCUGUAGAUGCUGUUUAUGACUGCUCAUCACUUUACCAGAGGAACUACCGAAUUUCUGGGGUUUACAAGUUACCUCCUGAUGAAUUUUUGGGAAUUCCAGAUCUGGAGGUGUUCUGUGACAUGGAGACAGAUGGAGGUGGCUGGACUGUCAUCCAAAGACGUAAAGUUGGUUUGACAUCGUUCAAUAGGGACUGGAAACAAUACAGGGAAGGAUUUGGCAAUAUUAAGGGAGAUUUUUGGCUGGGAAAUGAAAAUAUCUACCGACUUUCAAGACGCCCCACUGUUCUGCGAGUAGAGUUGGAGGACUGGGAAGGUAACACCCGCUAUGCCCAGUACCAGCAGUUCACGCUGAGCAAUGAAAUAAACAGCUACCGGCUCUUUGUGGGGAACUACACCGGGAACACCGGGCGGGAUUCCCUGCGCUACCACAACAACACGGCCUUCAGCACAAAGGACAAGGACAACGACAAGUGCGUGGAUGACUGUGCCCAGUUCCGGAAAGGUGGAUAUUGGUACAACUGCUGCACAGAUUCCAAUCUGAACGGGGUCUACUACCGCAAAGGAGAGCACACCAAGAACAUGGAUGGCAUCACCUGGUACGGAUGGCACGGCUCGACCUAUUCACUCAAGAGAGUGGAGAUGAAGAUCCGGCCAGAGGAUUUCAAACCAUAGGAGAAAUCAACGUUUGAUUGUACAGCUACAUGACUUCACCACGCAAAAGGUGGGCGAUAAACAGCCAAACAAUGUUCCAUUUCAUCCAAUACAUGCAACAGCUUUGUACUGGUGAUGUGCACAACACUGCGACACCAGUCACAGCCACCAGUAUUAUCAGGACUCAGGCUUGUUUCCUCCUCUUCAGGCUCUUUCCAAAGGGAAAAAUAUUGUGUUAGAGUAGCUUAGAACUGAAUGCACUUAUAGCACCUUCAGAAAACCUAUGGGUGUGUUUUCACUAGCAGUGUGAUUACUGGGUUGCCUUAGUGCUAUUAACCAGAUAGGCAGGGACUGAAAAGCAAAGUCUGGCUUCCUUUCCUUCAGUGUCUGGAGCAAGCACUGCUAAGCAACUUCUUUCAAGAAGUACUCAAACCACAAAAGUUAUGGACUCAUUUCAAGCCAGAGGAAUCAAACAGAAGUGCCCCCGAUGCACUUUAGUGUAUAGUAAGUGGCUUACUCUCCCACAGAAGAAAGAACAAAGCUCAAAAAUGUGGUGUUAAUUUGCAUUGUCCAGAUUCUCCCCUGACCUUUUACUGCCACCUCCUGCUGCUGCCUCAAAUAAUUCCCACUGAAGGCUGCCCUAACAAACAGUAACACCAGAGGAGGAUUUGUCCCAUGGGCCCUCCAAUGUUUAUUUCUAUCCACACAGAUCACCUAAAUGCUGAUGAAAACUAGGAAACAACUUUGUGGGCUGUUCCCAAACUGUGUUCAGGUUAGAAUACAAACAUGCUGUAUGUCAGUAAGGCUGAGUGUGAGCAGCAGGUUAGCAAAAAAAAGUCCAGAUGCAGCCAAAGAACUCAAUUCCAACAUUAAAACCACUGUAUUCAUGAGCAGAACACUAGUACAGACCAGAGAAUCCCUAAGUGCCAAAAAUUAUUUCACCAUGAGGGAAUGUUUGCUAACACAGCAGAUUGAGGAGUAUCAAAAUCUGUUUCAACUUCCCAGUAGGAAGUUACCUAGAGAUAGUCUGUCAAAAACAGUAAACUUCUCCCUCGCAUAACACAGUGUUAAAGGUAACAGUUAAAAAAGAAUGAGACUCCUCCUAUAGCCCUACCAUUGUUUGAGUAUGUUGGAAAAAGAUUGUUAUAAUUAAUAUAUCUAUUUUUAUUCAUCUUGAAGAGAGUUUGAAUCUAGAUUAGGUUGUUCGGUCCUGUCUGAAAUGGAAGAUAAAGGUGUCUUGGGAAUUUACAUAUGUUCAAAUAUUCAUAAUGCAAUUUUCAACUGUGUGGAACUAUAGUUGGAACUAUUUUAACUGUGGUCUACAAUGGAUUUUUAAGGGUUUCUAAAACUUUUUCAUUUCUAAUAAAUUGUUUCAUUUUUAAGUGUGCUUUACAUCAA